AUGUCGCUCCCCCAACGCCCCACGCCAAUCUCGCCCUCCCGCCGCCCGCACCGGCGCACAGCCGACAUCGAAGCGCCCCUCUACCACAGCGACAACACCACCACCACCCGCCGCGCCGCGCACCCGCCCCUCCCGCCGCCGCCCCCCCCCCUCAUCCGGCCCGAGCGCACGCGCAUCAACCGCGACCACCCAAACUACCACUACCGCCAGCAUGCGCAGCAGCAGCAGAUGAACGUGCUCCCCUCGACCACGGGGAAUGAUCCCAUCAUCGAGGACCGCGGCGAGGCGGCCAGUCAUGCGUCGACUGACUCGUCGGACUUGAAGUCGCUGACGCGGCCGUCGCGGUCGAAUCCGCGGUACUCUGAGGACGAAGCCGCAGCGGGCGGGGGAGGUGGCGGGGGAGGAGGGGAGCCGCGGCGAAGGGCGAGUAAGAAGCUGGCGAGAGCGCACACGCGGCAGGCGUCGGCGGACGAGAAGGCGAGGCUCAAGAAGAUGCAGGAGAUGGAGACGAUCAGUCCGCCGAGCUUGUGGAACGUGUACUGCGCGAUCGUGACGUUCUGGUGCCCGGGGGCCGUGCUGCGGUGCUUUGGCAAGCCGGCGAAGGCGCAGCAGCGGGCGUGGCGGGAGAAGAUGGGGCUGAUCUCCAUCAUUGUGCUGAUCUGCGCGUUUGUGGGCUUCUUGACGUUUGGGUUCACGGAGGCCGUGUGUGGCAGCCCGACGCCGAGGUUGAAGAUUAAUCAGGUGGAUACGGGGUAUUUGAUCGUUAAUGGGCGGGCGUAUAACCUGCUGGGGAGUAAGCAUCCGCGCGCGAUUGGCAUCAGGCAGGAUGCGGAUAUCUUGUAUGAUCUGUCGGAGCCAUAUGGUGGAAAGGAUGCGUCGUUCAUGUUCCAGAACGUGAACGGGCAAUGCAAAGGUCUCAUCACGCCCUCGGACAACUCGUCGAUCCCCACAGACUCCAGCGGGGGCAUGGCCUACUACUUCCCGUGCAAGGCCUUCAGGCAGGACGGGUCCACAGAGCCCGACUUCACGGAGCAGUACUACGCCGGGUACGCCUGCCACACGUCCGGCACGGCCAGAGAGGCCUACUACAACCUGCACGUCGAGGGCGAGGUCUACUUCAGCUGGGACGACGUCAAGAACUCGUCGCGCAACCUGCUCGUGUACUCCAACAGCGUGCUCGACCUCGACCUGCUCAAGUGGCUCGACCCCAGCCAGGUAAAGUAUCCCUCGCAGUUUGACGACUUCGGGCUCGACAGCCAGCUGCGCGGCAAGGACGUCACACACCUCUUCCAGGCGCCCGCAGAGAAGAAGCUCGCCCGCUGCCUCUCCGAGAUCAUCCGCGUCGGCAGCAUCGACACCGAGACCGUCGGCUGCAUCGCGUCAAAGGUCGUCCUCUACGUCUCGCUCGUCUUCAUCGUCAGCAUCGUGCUCAUAAAGUUCUUCCUCGCCCUCUUCUUUGGCUGGUUCCUCAGCUGGCGCCUCGGCGCCACGCGAACAAGCGACCUCAAGGACGAUGCGAAGCGCCGCAGAAACGAGAUCGAGGACUGGUCGGACGAUAUCUACCGCCCGCCGCCAAAGCUGAAGGAUGCCAGCGGCGGCGGCAGCGGCACCGGCAGCCCGUCAAAGAGGGGAAGCUUCCUCCCCACAACGAGUAGGUUCACGAGCCCGUAUGCGCAGGAGAGGCCGACCAGCAAGCAUAAGCCCGUGCCGACGACGAUGGGGUCGCAGAGCUCCACCGCGAGGCUGCUGGCCCCGGGACAAAUGUACCAGCAGGGCGCAAACAGCGGGUCGAAGGGGAGCCUGAGCGGCAUGAUGUCCGAGUCGACGUCGAACCCGAAUCUGCUGAACCCGCAUGGCCCGCCUGGGCAGCAGGAGAGGUACAGCAUGUAUUCCGAGGACGGCCCCGGCCCCGCCGGAUUCAUCCACGAGGCUGUGGUGCCGCAGCCGCCGCCGGAGUACCAGCCGUCUGGCUUCCCGCUCGCACAUGCGCUCUGUCUUAUCACUUGUUAUUCUGAGGGCGAGCAGGGGAUCCGCACGACACUGGACUCAAUCGCCACUACCGACUACCCCAACUCGCACAAGCUCAUGCUCAUCAUCUGCGACGGCAUGAUCAAGGGCCACGGCGAGACAAAGACCACGCCCGAGAUCAUCCUCUCCAUGAUGAAAGACCACGCGCUGCACCCCUCCGCCGUCGAGGCCUUCUCCUACGUCGCCGUCGCCUCGGGCUCCAAGCGCCACAACAUGGCCAAAGUCUACGCGGGCUUCUACGACUACGGCGCCGCCAGCCAGAUCCCGCCCGAGAAGCAGCAGCGCGUGCCCAUGCUCGUCGUCGUCAAGUGCGGCACGCCCGACGAGCACUCUGGCGGCAAGGCCGGCAACCGCGGCAAGCGCGACUCCCAGAUCAUCCUCAUGAGCUUCCUCCAAAAGGUCAUGUUCGACGAGCGCAUGACGGAGCUCGAGUUUGAGAUGUUCAACGGCAUCUGGAAGAUCACGGGCAUCUCGCCGGACUACUACGAGAUUGUGCUCAUGGUCGACGCGGACACAAAGGUCUUUCCAGACUCGCUGACGCACAUGAUUGCGGCGAUGGUGCACGACCCGGACAUCAUGGGGCUGUGCGGCGAGACAAAGAUUGCGAAUAAGACGGCGUCGUGGGUGUCCAUGAUCCAGGUGUUUGAGUACUUCAUCUCGCACCACCUCACAAAGGCGUUCGAGUCCGUCUUUGGCGGCGUUACCUGUCUCCCGGGCUGCUUCUGCAUGUACCGCAUCAAGACGCCGAAGGGCGGGCAGAACUACUGGGUCCCCAUCCUGGCCAACCCCGACGUGGUCGAGCACUACUCGGAGAACGUGGUCGACACGCUGCACACAAAGAACCUGCUGCUGCUCGGCGAGGACCGCUAUCUGAGCACGCUCAUGCUCAAGACGUUUCCCAAGCGGAAGCAGAUCUUUGUGCCGCAGGCGGUGUGCAAGACGGUCGUGCCCGACGAGUUUAAGGUGCUGCUGUCCCAGCGCAGACGCUGGAUUAACAGUACGGUGCAUAACCUGAUGGAGCUGGUGCUGGUGCGCGAUCUGUGCGGGACGUUCUGCUUCAGUAUGCAGUUUGUGGUGUUUAUUGAGCUUAUUGGGACGGUGGUGCUGCCGGCGGCGAUUGCGUUUACUUUCUACCUCAUCGUAAUCUCCUUCGUCAAAAAACCCGUCCCCGUGAUCCCUCUCAUCCUACUGGCAUUAAUCCUCGGUCUGCCCGCUGUUCUCAUCGUGCUGACGGCGCACCGGUGGUCCUACGUGCUCUGGAUGCUGAUCUACCUCCUCUCGCUGCCCGUGUGGAACCUUGUUCUGCCGACGUACGCGUUCUGGAAGUUUGACGACUUUUCGUGGGGCGACACGCGCAAGGUCAGUGGCGAGGCCGUUAAGAAGGCGGGCUAUGAGUAUGAGGGCGAGUUUGACAGUAGCAAGAUUGUCAUGAAGAGGUGGGCGGACUUUGAGAGGGAGCGCAGGAUGCGGCUGCCGGUGAGUGGGUGGGCGCCGCAGCCGCAGGGGGGUGGGAGGAGGAGUUGUAGUGGGGUGCUUUGGGGGGGGGGGGGGUAG